AUGGUCCAAGUGCAAUCUGGCGUGGUCCUGCCGAUCCGGAUAUUCAUUAACAGACAACAAGUUGCAAAGACCAUUCAAGACUCCAGCACAUCCUUCGAGACACCGCUAUUGCCUAACAACUCCAUCAUUCGGCUGAAGUCUCCCUUAAUUAGGGUGUACCUUUCAAAUACUGAUGCUAGAGACCUUUGCAACGACAUUAAAAAAGAAAUAUUAUUGAUCAUCUAUGAACUGACCUCCAAGGAUGUCCACGACACGGUCACUGGAAAGCUGAAGAUCGGAAACUGUGUUGAUAUCAAGGAAGCUUUCGGAAAAACAAGGGCCUUCAGUUUUCUGUACGACUCUGAUCCCGACCGCUGUAAUCUCACAACUUUAGAGAGAAUUGGCAAGCAUCAAUACAAACUCCAUUACGAUAAAAAUUGGGAACUCGACAUAUUCAUCACAGACUUGAGAAAACUUGCUAGAAUACGAAGCGUUCUUCUCGCUCGAAUGUCGUGGCAAGGCAGCGUUUUUCCUGGAGCUGCGAUUCCUGUUGGCGACCUUUCAGGCACACGGAUUCUACGGCGAUGCAGAGAAGAAAUUAUGAGCAAGAAAAGCCCUACUGAUGAACCUAGCAUUCUUUUAGAAAGCGAUGACGAGGGUGCUCUGCUCGAUACUGCUGCCGUUGAUUCCUCUACGUCGACGACUACACGUCCUUUGAAGGAAGCAGAUCUUGAUGAGGACAAAAAGCCUGCUUUCAAGUUUAUACAUUCUCCAAUGGUUAAUCUGGGAAACUGCAUUGACAUUCACGUCUUGAAAAGGCCAAAGAGAGCACGGACCAACCGCUCUCAGGCACAUCUCGAUGUUGAAACAUAG